AUGGCUGCAGCCCCUCAAGCGCCAGCGAGAGGAUUGCGGAAGACAAGACCUCUUGUUGUAAAGACGUCAUUGGACAACCCAUAUGCUAUCUGCUGGAGCACCCUGGAGAGAGAGGACAUGCACUUCAUAUUACAGAUACUUGAAGACAGGUUUAAAACUAUUGGACUUCAGAAAAUCGAGGAUAAGAAAAAAGGGAGAAAACCAUCUUUUGUAAAAAAGCAAAGCAGAGAAAGAUGCAGCCUAGACGUUGAUGGUAGUGAGGAUGUGAAGGAGAAAAAGCCUGAUGCUAGCCAGCAAGUGUCAGGGUGGACGCCUGUGCAUGUCAGGAAGCAACUGGCCAUUGGCGUUAAUGAGGUCACCAGAGCCCUGGAAAGGAACGAACUGCUCCUGGUUCUGGUGUGUAAGUCAGUCAAGCCUGCCUUCAUUACCUCACACUUCAUUCAUCUGAGUUUAAGUAGAAGUGUUCCUGCCUGUCAAGUUCCUCGGCUUAGCGAGAGAAUUGCCCCAGUCAUUGGCUUAAAAUGUAUGCUAGCCUUGGGUUUCAGGAGGAACACCACUGACUUUGUGGAGGAAGUGAGAGCUAUCAUUCCCAGAGUGCCCAGCUUAAAGGUGCCAUGGCUUCAAGAUGGAACUGAAGGUUCUGAAGACAAUUUAGAGACUGACUUAGAAAGCCUAGACAGAGAGAUCUUGGAAACUUCAUUCAAUGACCUUGCCAAACCUAAGCGAACGCUUGGUGAAGGGAGGCAGACUUCAACUGUAGCAUUACAACCCCUUAAAAUAAAGAAACUGAUUCCCAACCCUAAUAAAAUAAGGAAGCCACCCAAAAGUAAAAGAACUUUAAAGUAAUCUUGUAUAUACUGUCAUUUCAUAAAUUUGUAAAAGGAUACCUUACAAAGAAGCCUUGAAGCAAAUAAAAUACAUUCCCAUGUAUUCUUAAGAUCCUGUGUAGUAAUUUUUCUUCCAUCUGUGUUCAAAUCUGUGUGGCACUGAAGCUUAAAAACACUUGAGUGCAGAAAAUACUCAAAAACAGGAAUGUUUUAACAAAAGUUUAUUGAAGGCAGUGUCCAUGCUUGUAUAAAUUUACUGUCCUGAAGGCUGGUGCAAUGCCUGUUAGCAAAAACAUGUGUGUGACAGCACUUAGCAUUUCUCCACUAAGCUUGGAAAAUAGGCCACAGUAGAUAUGGUUUUAAUAAGUACAGUGGAUGAAUCAUUGGCAAAGCAUUUCCAGUUGAUUCGAUGUCCCCUCUGUUCCUUUAAGUUUUACUUAGUACUGUGUUGGCACAAAUAAAAGGAUACCUUAGUGAAUACAGCAUUUUCAUAAGAGCACAGGAAAAUGUAGAUUUUAAAAAUCGGAGACACUAUAUAUUGCAUUUAAAUUUAGUUUUAAUAGCUACUUAAUAAACAAGCAGUUUUUACUGAUUCUAAAAUGUUCAUUGGUAGUAGUGCUUCAAUUACAAAGAACCCAAUGUAUUACUGUAUUUGAAAUGAUGCAGUAAAACAUGGAUUUUAUAAUAACUGGAGUAGGCAGUAAAUGAAUCUUUAAAGGAAUGAUAUGACAGUUUCCUUGGUAUAAGAUUUUGUGCCAUAAAUAUGAGUGGGAUGUAAUCCUAACUAGAGCUGUGAUUUCAGAGUAAGUAAAAAUCUUGAUAUUUAAUGGCUAUGUCUCAUAAAAAAAGUUCCAAUGAUUUGGUAGUUUUGUUUUUCUGAAGCCUUUCUCAAGAAUGGCAAUGCAAUUGGGUUUGAACCAUCUGAAAUGAGAAGAAGUCUUCCACUGUCUUAGGAGCAGUGCCUGCCCCAUUAUACGCUAAGGUAGGGCCCAAGUGCCCCCUCUAAUGGUAGGAACAAGGAUGCCACAGCUGUGGUUAUAACUUACUUAAAUCAGGGACUAUAAACUUUCUGAGAAAGUCCAGACAGUGAAUAUCUUAGGCAUUGUAGGCUAUACAGUCUGUCCCAACUUCUCAUUCUGUCUUUGUAAUGUGAAGCAGCCAUACAGAAUACAUAAAUGAAAAUGUAGCUGUGUUCCAUACAGAGCUUAUAUACGGAUGCUGAAAUCUGAAUUAGAAUUUUCAUGUCACAAAAUGUUUUUUUAAAAUAUCUUCUCCCAAUUAUUCAAAGAAAUCAAUCUUAGCUCGUGGGCUGUACAAAAACAGGUAAUAGGUCAAUUUCACCCAAGGGUUGUACUUGGUGGGCCCUUCCUGGUGUAAGUAUGGUUGGUUUUAUUGUACUACUUACAACAUGAAGGAAAUACCUAUUGUAAAAGAAGUAGCUUUUUCUCAACUGAAGAGUGGAGG